GAAAACCCAGAGUACAUCGGCCUCGUUCUCCAAUAUUAGAAGAAAAAGACAUCCCACCCCUUGAAUUCCCCAAGUCCUCUGAGGAUUUAAUGGUGCCUAGUGAGCAUGUAAUGAAUGUUAUUGCCAUUUAUGAGGUACUGCGGAACUUUGGCACGGUUUUGAGACUGUCCCCUUUCCGCUUCGAGGACUUCUGUGCAGCUCUCGUGAGCCAAGAGCAGUGCACGCUCCUGGCGGAGAUGCACGUCGCACUUCUGAAAGCCGUGCUGCGCGAGGAGGACACCUCCAACACCACCUUCGGGCCUGCCGACCUGAAGGACAGCGUCAACUCCACGCUGUAUCUCAUAGACGGGAUGACGUGGCCCGAGGUGCUGCGUGUGUACUGCGAGAGUGACAAGGAGUACCACCACGUGCUUCCUUACCAGGAAGCUGAGGACUACCCCUAUGGGCCGGUGGAGAACAAGAUCAAAGUCCUGCAGUUCUUGGUCGAUCAGUUUCUCACGACAAACAUUGCCCGGGAGGAGUUGAUGUCGGAAGGGGUGAUCCAGUAUGACGACCACUGCAGGGUUUGCCACAAACUUGGGGACUUGCUUUGCUGUGAGACGUGCUCAGCCGUGUACCAUUUGGAAUGUGUGAAGCCACCUCUUGAGGAGGUGCCCGAGGACGAGUGGCAGUGUGAAGUCUGUGUCGCACACAAGGUGCCUGGAGUGACGGACUGUGUUGCUGAGAUCCAAAAAAACAAACCGUACAUUCGGCACGAGCCUAUUGGAUAUGAUAGGAGUCGGCGGAAAUACUGGUUUUUAAACCGAAGACUCAUAAUAGAAGAAGAUACAGAAAAUGAAAAUGAAAAGAAAAUCUGGUACUACAGCACAAAGGUCCAGCUUGCAGAAUUAAUAGACUGUCUAGACAAAGAUUACUGGGAAGCAGAACUUUGCAAAAUUCUAGAAGAAAUGCGGGAAGAAAUCCACCGGCACAUGGAUAUAACUGAAGACCUGACCAAUAAGGCUCGGGGCAGUAACAAAUCCUUUCUAGCAGCAGCUAAUGAAGAAAUUUUGGAAGCCACAAGAGCCAAAAAGGGAGAAAUUGAUGAUGAUAAGAGCCCAGAAGACAUAGAGAAGGACAAGAGUGCGGCUGAGGAUGACGGCAGUAAGGAGGCUGCCGCUGAGGAGGGCAGAGAGGGGCUCGAAGCCCAGGCCCUUGGCAGAGACGGUGACGACAGAUCACCAGCUUGCGACCUGGGGCACGGAGGAUCUGAGGAGCCAACUGAAGUUGGGGAUAAAGGUAACUCUGUGUCAGCAAAUCUUGGCGACAACACAACAAAUGCUUCUUCAGAAGAGACUAGUCCCUCUGCAGGGAGGAGCCCUGUGAGGUGUCUCUCAGAAACCCCUGAUAGCAGCAACAUGGCAGAGAAGAAAGUGGCAUCCGAGCUCCCCCAGGAUGAGCCAGAAGAAUCUAACAAGACAUGUGACAGCAGUAACACUAGUGCUGCCGCUACCUCCAUCCAGCCUAAUCUGGAAAACAGUAACAGCAGCGGUGAACUAAGUUCUUCCCCGAGUGACUGCGCUAAGGCAGCUGACGGCCCUGAGAGCGGAGAGAGCGAGGCCCACACACCUGUCUCUGUUCAGGAAGAGAUAGGUGAUUUCAGGUCUGAGAAGUCUACUGGGGAAGUCAGUGAUUCUCCUGGAGCUGGGAAGGGAGCGUCGGGCUCAACUCGCAUCAUCACCAGAUUACGGAACCCAGACAGCAAACUCAGCCAGCUGAAGAGCCAGCAAGUGGCAGCUGCAGCCCACGAAGCCAAUAAGUUAUUUAAGGAGGGCAAAGAGGUCCUUGUAGUUAACUCUCAAGGAGAAGUCUCCCGGCUGAGCACCAAAAAGGAGGUGGUCAUGAAAGGCAGUAUCAACAACUACUUUAAAUUGGGCCAAGAAGGAAAGUAUCGUGUCUACCACAACCAGUACUCCACCAAUUCAUUUGCUUUGAAUAAGCACCAGCACAGGGAAGAUCACGAUAAGAGAAGGCAUCUUGCACAUAAGUUCUGUUUGACUCCAGCAGGAGAGUUCAGGUGGAAUGGUUCUGUGCAUGGGUCCAAAGUCCUCACCAUCUCCACUCUGAGACUGACCAUCACCCAGCUAGAAAACAACAUCCCCUCACCCUUCCUGCAUCCCAACUGGGCUUCACACAGAGCAAAUUGGAUCAAGGCCGUUCAGAUGUGUAGCAAACCCAGAGAAUUUGCACUGGCGUUAGCUAUUUUGGAGUGCGCAGUUAAACCAGUUGUGAUGCUCCCGAUAUGGAGGGAGUCCUUAGGACACACCAGAUUACAUCGAAUGACAUCAAUUGAAAGAGAAGAAAAGGAAAAAGUAAAAAAAAAAGAGAAAAAACAGGAAGAAGAAGAAACAAUGCAGCAAGCCACGUGGGUAAAAUACACAUUUCCAGUUAAACAUCAGGUUUGGAAACAAAAAGGAGAGGAGUACAGAGUAACAGGAUACGGUGGCUGGAGUUGGAUUAGUAAAACUCAUAUUUAUAGGUUUGUCCCUAAAUUGCCAGGCAACACUAAUGUGAAUUACAGAAAGUCAGUAGAAGGAACCAAAAGUAAUAUGGAUGAAAACAUGGAUGAUUCAGAUAAAAGAAAAAGUCCACGAAGUCCAAAAGCAGUAAAAACUGAGCCUGACAGUGAGAAGGGCGAGGUGAAAGGGUCAGAUGCUGGCAAAGGAGUGGAGCAGAGUGUGAUGGGGACUUCGGAGGUGCCUGAGAAGGAGGACCAGGAAAUGAAAGAACAUUUAGAUUCUGACAAUGAUAAAUCCUUCAAGGAAGAACCAAUGGAAAUAGAUGAUGUAAAAACAGAGUCACACAUAAAUUACCGGGAAAGUUGUCCUAUAGAUGUGGUCAAUGUCAGUGAGGGUUUUCAUCUACGGACUAGUUACAAAAAAAAAAUAAAAUCAUCCAAACUAGAUGGACUUCUUGAGAGGAGAAUUAAACAGUUUACACUGGAAGAAAAGCAGCGCCAUGAAAAAAUAAAGUUGGAGGGAGGAAUUAAGAGCACAGGAAAGUCUUCUCCGAGUCCUUUGAAAAGUCUCUCUGAGUCACCAGUACUACCAAAAGUGAAGGAACAGUGUCACACUGACUUGCCUAGACAAGAACACAACCCCAGUGGAAGUACUGACAAAUCAGAGGACUUGAUUCAUGGAUGUUCCCAGAGCGAGUCCUCCAUGCUUGGAAUUAGUGAUCCAGGUCUUACUACAAAUAAAGUGUAUCUAAAAGAUCAUAUGUUAGAUGAUUUUUCCAUUCAGGGUCCAGGGAGAAGCUAUCAGAAACAAAAUCCCAUUGAAAAUGACCUAGAUGUCAGUCUCUCUGAACCAAUCAGCAAAGGCCAGGAACUCAGUAGGAUUAAAACUAAAGGAAGUGAUUUUUUCAUUGAUGACUCUAAAUCAGUCACUGGAGGUGAUAUUGGUAGUUUGAUCUGUAAAAAUAAAAAACCACUCAACCAGGAAGAUAACAACACCACUGUUUCUUCUGAAAGUGCUUUGCCUCCAUCAAUACCUAAAAGUUCUGGGGACAGAGAUACCUCAUCCCUGUCAAAAGGACUGGACUUUGAUGGAAAAUUAGGGUGUGACGCUGAGUAUAAUAGCACUUUAGAAAAUAGUUCCGAUACUAUGUCUGUUCAGGAUAGCAGUGAAGAAGAUAUGGUUGUUCAGAAUAGCAAGGAAAUUGUCUCUGAACAGUUCAUGACUCCAGAACAAGGUGUCGGCAGCUUGGGACCAUUGAAAGGUGCGCUUGUUUCUGAUAAGUCUACUAGAAACUGUGAUAACAGGUUACACGGUAAAGUAACUGAAACAAAUGGCAGAAGAGCAAGUCAACAGCAGAAGCCAGAGAGACCUGUUAAUAAAUGUAUUGAUCCAGUAAGUCUUAAAAAUAUCACGGACAAGAAGAAUAAUGAAAAUCGGCCUGAAAAGAAAGGACAGAAAGCAACUACAUUUCAGAUAAAUGGAAAAGAUAAAGUAUGUUUGAAAAGUCAAUGCUUGAAAGAAAGCUCUGAAAGUAAAGUAGUAAGUGGUAAUGUUGAACCAAAGGUUAAUAAUAUAAAUAAAACAAUUCCUGAGAAUGAUAUUAAGUCAUUGACUGUUAAAGAAUCUGCUGUUAAGCCAUUUAUUAAUGGUGAUGUCAUCAUGGAAGAUUUUAAUGAAAAAAACAAUUCAGUAACAAACUCAUGUUUACGAAGUUCUUCCAAUGCUGAAGGUAAUUACCAAACCAGCCUGAAGACUCCACCAUCAACCAGAGAGUCUGAUGAUAAACAGUGUAUCAUACCUGUGUCUUGUUCACAAAGCAAUUCAUUUAAUCAGGUAGAAGAGAUGGAAAUUGGAACUUCGGAAGUUAAGAAAGGUACCUUCUCACCUGUUACAUCUGGAGAAGAGUCUAACCUCAGUAGUGAUUUUGUUGAUGAAAAUGGUCUUCCCGCUGACAAAGGUGAAAACGUCAAUGGAGAAUCUAAAAGAAAAACAGUCAUCACAGAAGUCACCACCAUGACAUCCAUGGUGGCCACAGAAUCAAAAACGGUGAUCAGGGUUGCAAAAGGGGAUAAGCAAACUGUGGUCUCAUCCACAGAAAAUUGUGCCAAAUCCACGGUCACAACCACCACAACUACAGUAACAAAGUUGUCCACACCUUCCCCAGACAGCAACAUGGACAUCAUCUCUGUAAAGGAGCAGAGCAAAACCGUGGUCACCACCACAGUGACAGACUCGCUCACCACAGCAGGAGGCACACUGGUCACAUCUAUGACUGUGAGCAAAGAGUAUUCUACCAGAGACAAAGUAAAACUGAUGAAAUUUGCAAGACCAAAGAAGACUCGUUCAGGUACAGCUCUGCCAUCUUAUAGAAAGUUUGUUACCAAGAGCAGCAAGAAAAGCAUAUUUGUUUUGCCUAAUGAUGACUUGAAAAAAUUGGCCAGAAAAGGAGGAAUCCGAGAAGUCCCUUAUUUUAAUUAUAAUGCCAAACCUGCCUUGGAUAUUUGGCCCUACCCUUCUCCUAGACCCACCUUUGGUAUCACUUGGAGGUACAGACUGCAGACCGUCAAGUCCUUGGCGGGCGUGAGCCUGAUGUUACGGCUGCUGUGGGCCAGUCUGCGCUGGGAUGACAUGGCCGCCAAGGCUCCUCCGGGGGGCGGGACCACACGCACAGAAACAUCAGAAACAGAAAUCACAACAACAGAAAUUAUUAAGAGGCGAGAUGUUGGUCCUUAUGGGAUUCGUUCUGAAUAUUGUAUCAGAAAAAUCAUUUGCCCCAUUGGAGUUCCAGAAGCACCAAAAGAAACACCUACGCCUCAGAGGAAAGGACUUCGAUCAAGUGCUUUGCGGCCAAAGAGACCAGAAACACCAAAACAGACUGGCCCUGUUAUUAUUGAAACCUGGGUAGCAGAGGAAGAGUUGGAACUAUGGGAAAUCAGGGCAUUUGCUGAGAGAGUGGAGAAAGAAAAGGCCCAAGCAGUUGAGCAGCAAGCUAAGAAACGAUUGGAACAGCAGAAGCCCGCAGUCAUUGCUGCUUCUACUACAGCCCCCACAAGCAGUUCACCCAGCACUGUCUCUCCAGCUCAGAAAGUUAUGGUAGCCCCCAUCAGUGGCUCAGUUACUCCUGGAACUAAAAUGGUACUGACUACCAAAGUUGGAUCUCCAGCAGCAGUUACAUUCCAGCAAAACAAGAGCUUUCAUCAGACUUUUGCUACAUGGGUUAAGCAAGGCCAGUCCAAUUCAGGCGUUGUUCAAGUACAGCAGAAAGUCCUGGGUAUCAUUCCAUCGAGUGCAGGUACAAGCCAGCAAACCUUCACUUCAUUCCAGCCCAGGACAGCGACGGUCACGAUCAGGCCUAAUACCUCUGCCUCUGGCACAGCCACAAGUACAUCACAAGUACUCACAGGGCCUCAGAUCCACCCUGGUAUGACAGUGAUUAGAACACCACUUCCACAGCCAGCACUAGGAAAGGCAAUUAUUCGGACACCGGUGAUGGUUCAGCCAGGUGCGCCUCAACAGGUGGUGACGCAGAUUAUCCGAGGCCAGCCGGUUUCCACUGCAGUGUCUUCCCCGAGCACGGCCUCCUCCACACCUGGGCAGAAGGGCUUCACUUCAGCAGCACCCACUCCAAGUCCGCCGUCCUCAGCCCCACAAGCCCCUCGCCCCCAGCAAGGACAGGUGAAGCUCACCAUGGCUCAGCUCACGCAGUUAACACAAGGCCACGGUGGCAAUCAGGGUUUGACAGUAGUGAUUCAAGGCCAAGGGCAAACUACUGGACAGUUACAGCUGAUACCUCAAGGGGUGACCAUACUCCCGGGACCCGGACAGCAGCUCAUGCAAGCAGCAAUGCCGAACGGGACUGUGCAGCGGUUCCUCUUCACGCCGCUGGCAACAACAGCUGCGGCCGCCAGCAGCACCACCACGACUGUUUCCACAACAGCAGCAGGUUCAGGUGAACAAAAACAGAGUAAAUUUGCACCCCAGACACAGGUGCAGCAAGCCAAACCCCUGCCACCAGAUCAGUCUGCAAGCGUGAGUCCUGCAGAAGCCCAGCCACAAACUGCUCAGCCUUCAGCACAGCCUCAGCCUCAGCCCCAGACCCAGGCCCAAGCCCAGGCCCAGCCCCAGCCCCAGACCCAGUCCCCCGUGCAGCCUGAAGCUCAGACUCAGCCUGAAGCUCAGACCCAGACAGCUGUUUCUCCCCUUGGCCCUUCUGAAGCACAGCCAAGCCAAGCACAGUCCGCCAACAAGCCCCAAGUUGCAGCACAGAGUCAGCCUCCAAGCACUGUCCAAGGACAGUCUCCUGUGCGUGUCCAGAGCCCGCCACAGACUCGAGUACGUCCAUCAACUCCAUCCCAGGUGUCUCCUGGACAGCAGCCCCAGGUUCAGACUACAACCUCACAACCGAUUCCAAUUCAGCCACACACACCUCUUCAGAUACCUUCCCAAGGCCAGCCACAGUCACAACCCCAGGUGGUGAUGAAGCAUAAUGCUGUGAUAGAACAUUUAAAACAGAAAAAGACCUUGACUCCCACUGAAAGAGAAGAAAAUCAAAGAAUGAUUGUAUGUAACCAGGUGAUGAAGUAUAUUUUGGAUAAGAUAGAUAAAGAAGAAAAACAGGCAGCAAAAAAACGGAAGCGUGAGGAGAGUGUUGAACAGAAACGGAGCAAGCAGAAUGCUACCAAACUCUCUGCUCUGCUAUUUAAACACAAAGAACAACUCAAAGCCGAAAUCCUGAAAAAGAGGGCGCUCCUGGACAAAGGUCUGCAGAUCGGAGUGCAGGAGGAGCUGAAGCGAGACCUGAAAAUGAAGAAGGAAAAGGAGCUGGUGCAGGCGGUGCAGGCCAGCACAGCUGCUGUGCCUUCCCCCCCACGCACUGCAGCCGCCCCAGCCCCUCCAUCCCCACCUUCAACUGCCCUGCCACCUGCCGCCCUCCCUGGAUCCCCACCGCCCAUUGCUUCCCAGAAGAGGAAGCGAGAGGAGGAGAAGGACUCCAGCUCCAAGUCCAAGAAAAAGAAAAUGAUCUCUACUACCUCAAAGGAAACUAAGAAGGACACAAAGCUUUACUGUAUUUGUAAAACGCCUUAUGAUGAAUCUAAGUUCUAUAUUGGCUGUGAUCUUUGUACUAACUGGUAUCAUGGAGAAUGUGUUGGCAUCACAGAAAAGGAGGCUAAGAAAAUGGAUGUGUACAUCUGUAAUGAUUGUAAACGGGCACAAGAGGGCAGCAGUGAGGAAUUGUACUGUAUCUGCAGAACACCUUAUGAUGAGUCACAAUUUUAUAUCGGCUGUGAUCGGUGUCAGAAUUGGUACCAUGGGCGCUGUGUCGGCAUCUUACAGAGUGAGGCAGAGCUCAUUGAUGAGUAUGUCUGUCCACAGUGCCAGUCCACAGAGGACGCCAUGACAGUGCUCACGCCACUGACGGAGAAAGAUUACGAGGGCUUGAAGAGGGUACUGCGCUCCUUACAGGCUCAUAAGAUGGCCUGGCCUUUCCUUGAGCCAGUAGACCCUAACGAUGCACCAGAUUAUUAUGGUGUUAUUAAGGAGCCUAUGGACCUAGCCACCAUGGAAGAAAGAGUACAAAGACGAUAUUAUGAGAAGCUGACAGAAUUUGUGGCAGAUAUGACCAAAAUUUUUGAUAACUGUCGUUACUACAAUCCAAGUGACUCCCCUUUUUACCAGUGUGCAGAAGUUCUUGAAUCUUUCUUUGUACAGAAGUUGAAAGGAUUCAAGGCCAGCAGGUCUCAUAACAACAAACUGCAGUCUACAGCUUCUUAAAAUUCAGCGUGUUAACGUAAAACACAGCAAGAAUCUGGUUGUCUGAACUAUUUUAAGGAGCCAGAUGUUUUAGUCAGGGUACCCUGACAAGACUUGACCUAAACUCAUUUUUAUUGGUCAUAACAGUCUAAAUACAUUCUGGGCCAAUUUUGUCCAACGGACAAGGGAAAAACAAAGUCAACGACACCAUUAUCUUGUCAAGAUCAAAUGGUUUUACUAUUGUGGCAGAAGCGGGAAAACUUUGUUUAUUGAAAAAAAAAAAAAGAAAAAGCAAGAAAAAAAGAUACUAUGGGGUCAAGUGUAACUCCAUGGAAAUGCCACGUCUGCUCUUCAGUGAAGAAGCUGGUUUAGAGUCUCACAGAAAACUUUUGACUGUAUUUAUUUAUUGUUGCAAAAAAGACGCUUUUUUAUUGCUGCCCUCAUUUGUCAGCUAAUUAUUUUUUCUUAUACAAUCCAGCCUCAGUUACAUGUAAUCCGCCCUGUAUCUUAUCAUGAUUCCUGUAGGUAAGAGUACAAGAUGACCUCUAGAUGUCUUUUCUUUCUAUGAAAGGAGCUGCUAUGUACACAUGUGCACACACACGACUGGGAAUCAACAAUGAGUUUAUUGUUCAUGAUAGACAAAAAUUAAGCUUUCGGAAGGGCUGGGCAGACGGUCCUGGGCGCCAGACUGCGUUGCCUGGAGUCUGUCAGCACAGCUGUCCUUUCCUCUGCACCGGGCUAACACGACAAAAUCUAUUUGAAGGUAUCUUGUUUGUAAACAUUUGUCAGAUUCUAAUUUUUUCUUUUUGUAUUAAGAUUCAACUAUGGAUGUAUAUGAAACAAAAUAAAUGGAGAUAACUUUUCUCCCGCAGCUGGAGGUGUCUUUGUGCACUGCUGGUUGUCUGUCAGCCUUGUGGGGAAGGGAGGGGCUCCCCGGGGUGCAGGCAGCAUGGUCGGCUGGCUGGCGCUUCCAGGACAGCAGCGGCCCUGCGUGGCCCUCGGCGUGUAGUUCCCAGUCCGCUGUCACCGCGCUGCACGUCCCCAGGGUGCCAGUGCUGUAGCUCGGCGGAGGCCCGCCGCCGAGGGUGCCAGGCGCAGCGCGCAUCCGCUGCGUCGCGCUGGCCGCGUUCCCGGCCCGAGAAUCGUUGCGGACAGCUCCUUAAAUUCUGUGAAGGGCAUUUUUAGAUGAUCUCAUCCUCUGAAGUUUUUGUUGGUUGGGUUUUUUUGUGCUGUGUAAGGAAAAGUAGCAGAAACUGUGGGGAGACAAUAGACGGCAGAGGAAGGUGUACUCUGCAUGUCUUUCCUUUCAGCCCUGUAACCGUCCACAGUGUAUGGCUGCACUGCAAGAAUGGCUCCUCCGAAACCUGCCAGGUAGAUCACGCAGUUUUGCAAAACUUUUCCUAGAUUUUGCACUAACCUGUCAGCUUUGUCCUACCAAGUUCUGGAAAUCGCCUAGUUACUGUUCUUUCAAGGUUUCCUUCUGUUUCAUGUUGCCCUGCUAUGCAAACCUUGCCCAGACCUUAGUUUCUUAAAAGGAAGAUGUUGCUACAGUUGCCAGUUCUCUUAAUACAGGCUCAGGUGUAUAGGUCCUUCUGUCAGCGUCAGUUUUAUGUAGCGAAGCCCAUUCCUUUUGUACAUAAAGAUGUCACUUAAACCUAUACUUACAAAAUAAAGACACUAAUUGCUCAAUCUGGAAACAAACUUUUUGUUUAAAAUAUUAAAAUGAAAAAAUAUUAAAAUGGAAGUAGUUCAAUACAAGUUAUUUGUCCUUUAGUUUUUAAAAAAUGUUACAUAUUGUAUGCACUGUGCUGAUGCAAGAAUUCUACAUUUUAAUGAAUCAAGUCAUUCUGCAUCUCAUCACAUCACAGUAUUUCUGUACUAUUUACUCAUAUAUAUAUAAAUAUAUAUGGGCUUACUUUAAACUUGUUGCGGCAACAACUUUCCUACCUGUAGGCAAUAGAUUGCUAUGUUUUUACAAAUUGUGGCAAAUUCUAAACAGUAACUUUUUGUACUUAAUAGGACCUUUCAUCCUAGAAAAAUAAAAUGUUUUUGACAUUG